UAGACACUCAAGACAGUCGUUUGUCACCUGGGCUGGGGCCGCUGGGUUCUUCUCACUGCAGCUCGAGGUCGAAUGCCUUCCCCGAGCGAGAUUUGGGGCGUGGGUCUUGGCUUGCCCUCCUCCCACUACCGGUUCAGCUCGGGGGAGCCCAGAACUCUGUCUUCUCCAGGCCAAGCCAGAAAGGUCACAGGGACCGGAAGCUUGUUCCAGGACACUACGGGGAGGAAGAAUCUUUCUGACCCGCUUGCUUGAUGCAGAGAGAACCUUGAGACUUCUGCCGCUUCACAUUCCAGAGCUAAGAAAAUGGGUGAGUUGCCCUUAGAUAUCAACAUCCAGGAACCUCGCUGGGAUCAAAGCACUUUCCUCGGCAGAGCGCGGCACUUCUUCACUGUUACUGACCCCCGAAAUCUGCUGCUAUCCGGGGCACAGCUGGAAGCUUCCCGGAACAUUGUGCAGAACUACAGGGCGGGCGUGGUGACUCCAGGGCUCACCGAAGACCAACUGUGGAGGGCCAAGUAUGUGUACGACUCCGCCUUCCAUCCAGACACGGGCGAGAAAGUGGUCCUGAUCGGCCGCAUGUCAGCCCAGGUGCCCAUGAACAUGACCAUCACCGGCUGCAUGCUCACCUUCUACAGGCAGACCCCAACUGUGGUGUUCUGGCAGUGGGUGAAUCAGUCCUUCAACGCUGUUGUCAACUACUCCAACCGCAGCGGCGAUGCUCCCAUUACUGUGGGGCAGCUGGGAACAGCUUACGUGAGUGCCACCACCGGAGCUGUGGCUACAGCCCUGGGACUCAAAUCCCUCACUAAGCACCUGCCCCCUCUGGUCGGCAGAUUCGUGCCCUUUGCAGCCGUGGCAGCUGCAAACUGCAUCAACAUCCCUCUGAUGAGGCAGAGGGAGCUGCAGGUGGGAAUCCCCGUGACUGACGAGACAGGUCAGAGGCUUGGCCACUCGGUGACCGCGGCCAAGCAGGGAAUCUUCCAGGUGGUGAUAUCAAGAAUCUGCAUGGCAAUUCCCGCCAUGGCCAUUCCCCCGGUGAUCAUGGACACUUUGGAGAAGAAAGACUUCCUGAAGCGCCGCCCCUGGUUGGGGGCGCCCCUGCAAGUGGGACUAGUGGGCUUCUGCCUGGUAUUUGCCACCCCGCUGUGCUGUGCCCUGUUCCCGCAGAGAAGCUCCAUACAUGUGAGCAGGCUGGAGCCAGAGCUGAGGGCUCAGAUCCAUCAGCAAAACCCCAGCACUGAAGUGGUUUACUACAACAAAGGGCUGUGAGUGAGAGUCAGCCCCGGCCCUCCCUCACCUCCUUGGGCUGCUGCGUUAGUCGAGCCCUGCCGUCCUGCCACUUUCUUUCUGCCUGGUGUUGGGCUGCGGGCUUGGUGGGGAGCAGCCACUGAGACCAGCAAUCCGCUAGGCAGGGGGAGGUACCCCAAUAAGCCUUUUUCUCUCCCCUUUGAUUCCAAAGAGAAGGGUCACAUAAUCCCUUUCUCCUGUGCUAUCGUUUUCAUAUAUGCAUAUGUGAUAUGUGUGUGUGUACAUGCUGUCCUGGAAUGUCCUGAUAUCUGGCUUCUCCUUUUGGCUUCCUGCCACCUGCCAGCCAGCCCAGGCUAUGGAACUUAGUUCCACUGGCCAACUCAUUUCUGACAGCACCUCACCCCUUCUGGACAUAGAAGCCCAGGGAUCUCAGGACAGACUGAGGGAUACUCGCAAACCAAACUGUCCUGAAUCCUUCAGAUUACUGCCUCCUGGCUCCCAAAGCUGACACAAGAACAGGGCUGGCAGAGAAAGACAUGCCAGGCUAAAGGAGGCAGGGGGCUUAUGUCAUCCCCCACAUCCUAGAAUAGAUUACUUUGUCUCUGCUUCUCUACUAGAACAAAGGAACGUCAGUAUUCUGUUCGGCUCUUGCAAUCUCCCCAUCCACCCUUCCACUGUAGUGUGGGUGUCUUCAGGCACAAUCCUGGGAGUCUUGGUCCAUCUGACAUGAUAACCUCAAAUCUAAACCUACAACCCCAACCCUCUCCCUCCACCCAAAAGCCACACAGGCAGAGAAACAUUCCAUUCCUCUUUCAGAGCUCCCGUCGUACCUUCUUACGGAGGGACGCAGCUGUGGGAGCAGAGCUUCAACUCCACAGGCAUCUGAAUGGGUGGAGCUAGUAUACUCUCAAGGGCAACUACGGCCCUGAGUGGACAGUCUUAAGACAGGGAAUUUUGUGUCCCUUGGACUCUUCUUAGACAUUCAGCAGAAUCCCACUUUAGCUCUUCUUUCUAGAGGGUUGGCCCUGCUCCCACCCCCAUCCACGCCCUCAAGAGGAGGCGAGGCUAGGCGUUCAUGGCUGGUCCAAAGGGGAGGCAGGCUUUGGGAUGGAGUGUGUGCUGGUAAACUAAGAGUACACAGUUGGACCCUGACUCCAGCUCCCACGACCUCGGGCUGAAGCAGCGGGGAGCAGGUCCCAGCAGGGCCCCCCACGAGCACUUUCCUGCUCCCCCAACCAUCUUGCCACCAAUAAUAAAAGCUAUGAUGCCAUUGUUACUCAAUAAACUGAAAACCUGUCUA